UACGGUACGCUUAGUUGAAACUAGAAACGGAUUGUUUGUUGGCUAGUUUAAGACUUCAGAAAGGAAGACAGAUGAGACGGACUGAAUCGCGGCCUUCUCUGUUUUUACUCGCGGAAGCUCUUCCCUUCUAGCGUUAUUUCUUGUCUUAUUGACUUCUUGUUCGACCCUUUUGCGCCGAGUUGUUUUUGGUUAUUGAUUUGAGCAAGAUGAAUACAUCAGUUGUAUCGUUGUUCUUUGCCUUGCUGAUGCCGUUGACAAUUGUGAAUGCGAGGAAUAUUUUGAGGUUACAAUAUGUUGGAAUUUCAAUCAAGGGUGGUGUUACCUCCACCUUUCGGGGUUCAGAAGUAUCAGCUUCCAGAGUCCUUCCUUCGACUGAAUUAUCAUCAGAUCUUAUCUGUUUUUCAUGUUUGGAAGCUUCCCGAAUGGUUGAGAAAGUAUUAAAUGAUCCAGAGUUACCGGAUAAAAUUAGCAUGUUAAGAAAUGAGGUCUGCCAUGUUCUGCCUACUGAUUUACGUGUAAAGUGUGAUGAGAUAUUGGAGAUGUACACCAAUCAAGCUAUUGUGUUUCUUCAAGUGUAUUUUAGUGAAGAAAAUCUUUGCAACAGCACAGGGUUGUGCCCUUCAGAUUCUGAUAUACUUAAGGUGGCAAGCCUUGGCAAGGGUCAACAGUUACCUGAAGUGGAACCAAUGCACGAUUUGACGAGUAAACUGGUGAAGCGUCUUUCUAUGUCACAUGAGUCCACUGAUAAGUUAUCAAAUAACAGAAGCUGUGCUGCUUGUCAUGAAGCGAUGGAUGAGAUACAUGAUGAGUUGGAAGACCCUGAGAAGAAGAUUGAGGUCAUUCGUGCACUGCUCAAGGCUUGCGAGAAUAUUGAUGGUUAUGUCAAACAAUGCAAAAGGAUGGUUAUGAAAUAUGGUCCUUUGGUUUUGACAAACCUGGAGAAGUACUUGAGUGACAAUGAUCUGUGUAGCAUGCUUCAUGUGUGUGAAGCCCAUCUGCUCCACGCUUCUGAGUAAAGAUUGAAGGUAUUUGAUCUGCAUUUGGAAUUCUGAAAUCAGCUCAGAUGCUAAUACGAUCUUGGAAUGGAUCAUGUGUGAAUAGAACACGUUGAAAUGGUUUGGUUCUGAUGUACAUAAGUAUGUUUCAGUUUGCUUGUACUGCCAUAAUUUCCACGUCUUUAAAAAAAAAAAAACUCCACAUCUUGAUACGUUUUAUGCAGAUGAAGGUGAUAAAUGGUUU